GAUGCCCUAUAAACUGAAGAAGGAGAAGGAGACCCCCAAGCUUGCCAAAGGCACGACCAAGCCCAGCAGCUCGGGCAAGGAUGGUGGCGGCGAGAGCGCCGAGGAGGCCCAGCCCCAGCCUCAGCCCCAGCCCCAGCCGCAGCCGCAGCCCCAGCCCCCAUCGUCCAACAAGCGUCCCAGCAACAGCACACCGCCCCCAACGCAGCUCAGCAAAAUCAAGUACUCUGGAGGGCCCCAGAUUGUCAAGAAGGAGCGACGGCAAAGCUCCUCCCGCUUCAAUCUCAGCAAGAACCGGGAGUUGCAGAAGCUUCCUGCCCUGAAAGAUUCGCCAACCCAGGAGCGGGAGGAGCUUUUUAUCCAGAAGCUGCGCCAGUGCUGUGUCCUCUUUGACUUUGUAUCAGAUCCACUCAGUGACCUCAAAUUCAAGGAGGUGAAGCGGGCAGGACUCAACGAAAUGGUGGAGUACAUCACCCAUAGCCGUGAUGUUGUCACUGAGGCCAUUUACCCCGAGGCUGUCACCAUGUUUUCAGUGAACCUCUUCCGGACGCUGCCACCUUCAUCGAACCCCACCGGGGCCGAGUUUGACCCAGAAGAGGAUGAGCCCACCCUGGAAGCUGCCUGGCCACAUCUCCAGCUCGUGUAUGAGUUUUUCUUACGUUUCCUCGAGUCUCCUGAUUUCCAGCCAAACAUAGCCAAGAAGUAUAUCGACCAGAAGUUUGUCCUUGCUCUCCUGGACCUGUUUGACAGUGAGGAUCCUCGAGAGCGGGACUUCCUCAAGACCAUCUUGCAUCGCAUCUAUGGCAAGUUUUUGGGGCUCCGGGCUUAUAUCCGUAGGCAGAUCAACCACAUCUUCUACAGGUUCAUCUAUGAGACAGAACAUCACAACGGGAUUGCUGAGCUCUUAGAGAUCCUCGGCAGCAUCAUCAACGGCUUUGCCUUGCCCCUUAAGGAAGAGCACAAGAUGUUCCUCAUCCGUGUCCUGCUUCCCCUUCACAAGGUCAAGUCCCUGAGUGUCUACCACCCGCAGCUGGCUUACUGUGUGGUACAGUUCCUGGAGAAGGAGAGCAGUCUCACAGAGCCGGUGAUUGUAGGACUCCUCAAGUUCUGGCCCAAAACCCACAGCCCCAAGGAGGUCAUGUUCCUGAAUGAGCUAGAGGAGAUUCUAGAUGUCAUUGAACCUUCAGAGUUCAGCAAAGUGAUGGAACCACUCUUCCGCCAGCUUGCCAAGUGUGUCUCCAGCCCUCAUUUCCAGGUGGCAGAGCGUGCUCUCUAUUACUGGAACAAUGAGUACAUCAUGAGCCUGAUCAGUGACAAUGCUGCCCGAGUCCUCCCCAUCAUGUUCCCUGCACUCUACAGGAACUCCAAGAGCCACUGGAACAAGACAAUCCAUGGACUGAUCUACAAUGCCCUAAAGCUGUUUAUGGAGAUGAAUCAGAAGCUGUUUGAUGACUGCACACAACAGUACAAGGCAGAGAAACAGAAGUGA